GGGAUCACAAGAGACAUGGUGGAGAGAGCAAAAGCGAGUGCGCAUUUCAGGCUAGUAAUCCUCGACGGAAAAGCGUACGUCGAAAGCUUCAGAAAGUCGAUUCAGACUCGAGAUUUGUUCACGCUAUGGGGGUUUCAGCAGUUGUUACGGCGGUAUCCUGGCAGAAUUCCUGAUCUGGAACUUAUGUUCGAUUGCGAUGAUCGGCCGGUGGUCAAUGCGAAACGCUACUUCCGGCGGCCGAAUCCCGGGCCGCCGCCGCUGUUCAAGUACUGUUCGGAUAUCUGGAGCUUGGAUAUCGUCGUACCGGAUUGGUCCUUUUGGGGAUGGCCUGAGACAAAUCAAAAGCCAUGGGAAGUUGCGUUGAAGGAUAUUAAAGAAGGAAACAAGAGAGUGAAAUGGAAGGAGAGGGUACCCUACGCAUAUUGGAAGGGUAACCCUAAUGUGGCCCCCGUUAGGGCCGACCUUCUCAAAUGUAACCACACUCCUCAUGUUGACUGGGCUACCCGUUUAUUUUCUCAGAACUGGGAAAAUGAAUCAGCACAAAGAUAUAAGAAUUCGAAUGUUGAAGACCAAUGUACUUACAGGUAUAAGAUAUACGUAGAAGGAUGGGCAUGGUCGGUGAGUGAGAAAUACAUAUUGGCGUGUGAUUCGCCAACGUUAUAUAUAACCCCACAUUUCUACACUUUCUUCAUAAGAGGGAUGUCACCACUCGAGCAUUUUUGGCCUAUUCGAGAAACCGACAAAUGUAAAUCUCUUAAAUUUGCCGUCGAGUGGGGCAACAAUCACACUUCCAAGGCACAAGAGAUUGGCGACGCAUCAAGCCGGUUCAUUCAAGAAUAUGUGAAGAUGGAAUACGUUUAUGACUACAUGUUACAUCUACUGACCAAAUACGCCAAGCUCUUGAAGUUCAAACCUACCAUCCCUCCAAAUGCAGUAGAGCUAUGUUCAGAGUCGAUGGCAUGCCUUGCGGAUGGAAAAUGGAGGAAGUUCAUGGUGGAUUCGCUUGUGGAGUACCCUACAGAUACGACCCCAUGUAAUAUGCCUCCACCCUACGAUCCCUCGGCUCUUAAAGCUAUUAUAGACAACAGAACAAGAACGAUAAAACAAGUGGAAAUGUGGGAAGAUGAAUUUUGGAAAAAUAAGAACUUGAAAUAAUGACGAAUCUUGUUGUACUCGGUCUUAAUUGGCUUGUGACAUUCUAGCUACCAGGA